AUGCUCGGCAUAGACAAUAGGAGACAAUUCGCUCUACCAUCUGACAAGGUGAAAAAAACUUGUCUCCAGUCGACUUUUUUCAACUACAGAUUUGUUUGCUCGUACUCUCCGCGUCGAAAACCCAUAAACAUCGCUCCACCACUUUUUUCCUCAGCCCCCACCCUGGACGACGGGGAUGACUCGAGUGGGCGGUGUCUACCCACAGUGGGGAUAACACGCGCAAUCGGAUUCCAUAUCAGUCCGAAAAGGAUGGACGAUCCGCCCGCUGAUUGGUUCGUAGAGCGAGGCUCCGCCUGA